ACACACAGAUGACUCAGAGACAGAGAUAUCACUAGAAGCAGAGACGUAACGUGUAGAGGGCUUGCAGUUGAUGUACGAUGCCUCCUGGUGGCCAUGUUGGAAGACCACCACAUUAAUUCUAGAAUCAGAGACUUAAUGUAUAGUAGACCUACAUAGAAAGAAAGACCCAGGCAUUGUUAAAGAUGUCAAAGGUCAUCUAUGCUGAACCAGAUAUGAACAAGAAGGUCAAGUUUGACAGAGGUGAGAUGGAGGAGAGGAUUGUGGAUAUCUAUGUCAGUGCAGACACCCUGAGAGAUGGUGAGACCAGCACCAAGAAAGAAGAGACAGUAGACACUGCUCCUAUUAAUGGACCAGAAGACCAGCAAACAGAUAACAGAGCCAUCAAAGACUCUGAAGAUAAAAGGAACACCUUGUUCCAGAGUUUCUCCCUUUAUAAAAUCAACGCAACUGAAGAGAGAGACCAGUUACAGACCAUAUACAACAACCUGACUAGAGAGAGAGACCAGUUACAGACCAGAUACAACAACCUGACAAAAGAGAGAGACCAGCUACAGACCAGAUACAAUACCCUGACUACAGAGAAAGGCCAUAUUCAGGCAAAGCUUUUUGUGAUAGAGCAGCAUUGUCAGAAGGGAUGGAGAUACUUUGACUCCAGUUUGUACUUCCUCUCUACUGAGACUAAAACCUGGAAGGAGAGCAGGCAGGACUGUCUGGAGAGAGUUGCAGACCUGGUGAUCAUAAACAGCAAUAAGGAACAGACAUUUCUCUUCAACCUCCACACGAGAGCCUGGAUUGGUCUGACUGACUCUGUUACUGAGGGGACCUGGAAGUGGGUGGACGGCACAACACUGACCACAGGGUACUGGGGGACAGGACAGCCUGAUAAUGGUGGUCUGUUCUCUGGGCAGGAGGACUGUGUUGAGAUAUACUAUGGACAAGAUGACCCUGUAAAGACAUGGAAUGAUGACAAAUGUGGGACAAAUCAUAACUGGAUCUGUGAGAAAGCGGUGUGACAAUAACCUACUGUAACAAUCUCUCUCUGUCUGUCUCUCUCUCUCUCUCUCUCUCUCUCUCUCUCUCUCUCUCUCUCUCUCUCUCUCUCUCUCUCUCUCUCUCUCUCUCUCGUUGAUGGUGGAAUACAGUACUGAAUGGUUAAGUGAUGAAUCCACCUAGUGGUUAAAGUGAGAGAUGAACUCACCAUAGAAGUGAAAUAGUCAAUGACUUGUCUAUGAGCUCUUUUUCAAUUUGGCAUUACUUGAUUCCUCCUCACAUUCUCUCUCCCCUCCUUCUCAAAACACAUUGGAGAAUACAAUCCUAGUGGAGUAGGGGCCUUGGACCUUCUCCUCUAACAGGGUUGAAAGGAGGAGAAGAGAUAGGAGGAGAGGAAUCUAGGAAAGUCUAAUUGAGAUAGAGGAGGAAGAAGAAAAUUAAGAGAAUGAUGAAGAGA